AUGGGGAGGAGCGAAGUGUUGGCUCCAGAAACAUGGCUGAUGUGUGAUGAAUCAGGACCAACGGACCGACAAAUCACGCAGCAAAAGCUAGCAGAGAAAAUGAGUUUUAUUGACUGGUUAAACAGAGUGAUCGAGCUGGAAGUGGUGUGCAACAAGAUAGGACCUCCACAACAAAAUGACUGUGAGGAGGAGGAUGGUCUGGAUGAGCAGCAGGAGAUGAACUCCAGUGUGGACCAGGAGGACCCAGAGCCUCCACAGAUUAAAGAGGAACAGGAGGAGCUCUGCAGCAUUCAGGAGGGAGAGCAGCUUGGACUGAAACAGGAGACUGAUACUUUCAUGGUGACGCCUGCUUAUGAGGAAAGUGAAGAAAGCCAACAUGUGGACUCAGGAUCAACUAGAAAUGUAGAGCUGAAGAACAGGAGACGUUACAGAAAGAGAAGUUGCAAUAAGAGAGUAGACAACACUGCUGUGUCAAUGAGUCUGAGUCAAACUGGCACAAGGGGAAAGUCUUUUCAAUGUGACGUCUGUGGAAAAACUUUUCACGAAAAAUAUAACUUUACUAAACACCAGAGAGUUCACACAGACCUCCAACAUGAGGAAGAGGAGGGUCUGGAUGGGCAGCAGGUCUUUAACCAAGAGAAGAACUCCAGUCUGGACCAGGAGGACCCAGAGCCUCCACAGAUUAAAGAGGAACAGGAGGAGCUCUGCAGCAGUCAGGAGGGAGAUCAGCUUGGACUGAAGCAGGAGGCUGAAGGCAUUAUCGUCUGGACUGGGGAAGAGCGACUCAGACUGCUAAAGACCAUCUGGAAACCUGUGAUAAAGUUGCAAAGAGUAGACCUCCACCAGCAGCAUGUCUUUAAGGACGAGGAGGUUCUCACAACCCAGCAGGUCUUUAAUCAGGAGAGGAACUACAGUCUGGGCCGGGAGGACCCAGAGCUUCCACAGAUUAAAGAGGAACAGGAGGAAGUGUGCAGCAGGCAGGAGGGAGAGCAGCUUGGACUGAAGCAGGAGGCUGAUACUUCAUUCAUGGUGACUCCGACUUAUGAGGAAAGUGACCACAGGGAACCAGAACCAAACAGUAAGCAACUCCUUUUUCACAGCUCACCUGAAGAAGAGAGCCGGGAUCAGGAAGAAAGCCAGCAUGUGGACUCAAUAUCUACUAAAAAUGCAGAGCUAAAGGAGAGGAGACAUUACAGAAAGAGAAGUUACAAUAAGAGAGCAGACAACACUGCUGUGUCAGGGAGUCAAAGUAAAACUGACAUAAUAAAAAAGUCUUUAAAGUGUGACACCUGUGGAAAAACUUUUCGCAAAAAAAACCACCUGACGACACAUCUGCGAAUUCACACAGGGGAGAAACCAUAUUCUUGCAGUACAUGUGGGAAGAGUUUCAGUCUGAACUCAACAUUGAAAACCCACACAAGACUUCACACUGGUGAGAGGCCAUAUGCUUGUAUCACCUGUGGGAAAAAAUUCAUUCACAAAUCAGAUUUGGAACGUCAUGUAAGCACACACACAGGCGAGAAGCCGUAUUCAUGUGGCACUUGUGGGAGAGAAUUCCGUCUGAACUCAACAUUGAAAACUCAUAUAAGAGUUCACACCGGUGAGAAGCCGUAUUCCUGUAGUACUUGUGGAAAACAGUUUACUGAGAAAUCAUCAUUGAGAACACAUAUAAGAAUUCACACAGGUGAGAAGCCACGUUGUUGUAGUAUCUGUGGAAAAAGAUUUUCUGACAUCUCGGGAGUGAUAAAACACAUGAGAUUUCACACAGGCGAGAAACCGUAUCCUUGUAGCACAUGUGGGAAAAGAUUCAGUCAGAAAUCGGAUAUGGCCCGUCAUGUACGAAUUCACACAGGUGACAAACCGCAUGGUUGCAACAUUUGUGGGAAAAUAUUCAUUCAGAGGACCAGCUUAAAGAAGCACAUGAGAAUUCACACACGUUAAACUUUCAGACUUUCAAAAUGUGGGACAGCUGUGUGUGAGCUCACACUGAGCAGAAAUUAAUCGCUGCAAUGCUUGAAUGAAAAGAUGAUCCAUUUUAAAGUCAGUAUUUUCUGUGCAGAAUAGUGAAGAACUCUCACCAUUGUUUAUUAGGCCUUUUUCCCUCAUUCCUAUAAUUGUAUCAGGCAAACUCUGGUCUUACAUUUCAUGAAAGUUAACAUUCUGCAUGCUCGUGGCCUGUUGGUUCAUUGUUUAGUUAUUUUAUUUAUUAUGUGUUCUUAAAGUAUUAUUGCAGGGUCUACCUUGCA